GUUACCACGGUGAUGUGCCUUACCCAGACGCUUUGAGCAGUUUGUUGUUGGAGCUACUUAAUGUUAGCUAACAGACCUUAGUUUAUUAAAAUUGUGGCCAGAGGAAUGGACUUACCGGCUUCAUAUUACGGCAGACUUGAUAAAAGAAACCCAGUUAUUUCAGCCUUUGAACGGGACGUUAACUCGUUUAUAACACUGAUGAGACGAUUCGCUUCUCAGUCGAGCCAAGACAACAACGUGUCUUAUGCUAAAGGGAUUAAAAUCCUCGUGGAGAUAUGGAAGAAGUACAAACAUCGACUGCCUUCGAGGUUGUACCAGGAGCGCAUGCUGCAGAUUGCAGAUUUUCUAUUUGGGAUAAAGUUGUACCAACUGGCUCUUUGGCAUGGCUACAGUCUCCACCUCCUGCAGUUCAAUUCAGUGAAAAUAACUGACAUCACAGAUGUGGACCACUUCAUGGCUUGCUUCUUCCCUGAAGGUUUUGAUACAGACCAAGAUAUCUUUACCAUGAAGAUCCGUGCAAUGCAGGGCUGUGCCUUGUGUAUAUUUGAGCAGGUGAAAAGGCACAGUGUCCUCAGCCAGAAGGGACUCUCUAAACUGCUGCAUGUUUUGAACUUCAUCAGGAUCAUGAUGCAGGCUUUUCAGCAACAUGAGCACCUCUGCUGGCAGAUAUAUAAUGGUUCGUUACACAUCUACACCAUCUGCCGUUACCUGAUGACCAUGAAUUGUAGUGCGCAGGCUCUGGAGUACCUUCUAUGGGCAAGCAUUAGUUUAGAGAUCUCCAUCCCUCUGAUGACUGCUAACUAUCUGCCAUGGAUCGUCACACUCUACUGUGCCGUCUGCCACUGUUACUAUGACAACCAGGCUGCGGUGCAGGCGGAGGAAUUUGCCAGGAGAGCCCUUGGAAAAAUCAAUGAACUGGCAAAGAUGGAGGAGCAGAAUGAAGUUCCUACCACCAGAGAGACUCAGAGAGCUUUCAAAGAAGCCUCUAUCAAGCUGGCUGCCAUGAUGUUCAAGCGUGUAGUGUUUGAGGCCAGAAGGAGGCCCAAAAACAUGCUCAGAAUCAAAAGCAGAAGCACCCUGAAGGACAUACCCAAUGCACCAUGGCCUCGUACUACAACAGAGCGCAUGCUAAUGGGCCUGUUUGACAGCAGCGCAGCACAAUUCUUGGGAAUCUUGGAAGCACUAUGGGACAGCACCAGACGGCCACUGAAGACAAGGAUGCCAGAUGACCGAGAGCUGCAGGAGGUGAUACUUGAACUCCUGUCUGCUGGCAUCAGUAUAUUAUCAGGACUCGCAACUACUAGUGAGCCUCUGAGUGCACUGACACCAACAUCCACUCUAAUGGAUGUAGCCAUUACAGGAGAAAACAAAGUACCCAUCAUGUCUGCGAUGAGGUUCAUUAAGCUGUUGUUUCAGUACAAGCAGCCAGAUGCAUUUACUGAACUUGCCAGAGAGAUGCUGCGGGUUUUGUCUGGUGUGGAAGGUCAGUCAUUCAGGAGGGCAGAGCUGGAGCUUGCUUUACUUGACAGUUUCAAUAGUCUGCUGUCUUCCCAGAGGAGCCGUCCUAGAGAGAACAUGAUUGAUGAAAGACACAAAUCUUCAUUCUCAAUGAGUGAUGAGUUCAUCAACCUUGUGGACACCCUGCACAAGUCUGUUUGCAGCUCUACUCCUGAGUUGCAGCCAGAUGUGGACCUGGUUUUGGAUGUUUUGUUAUUUCUGUGGUGUAAAGUGAAGGUGGUGAUGCAGAGGGAUCAGCUGCAAAACCUAGAGUUUACACAGUACCUCAAGAAGCUAGAUAAUUAUGACAUGUGGCUGUGGUGUCUGUCUAUGCUGUGUGAAGUGGCCUUUGCCUGUGAUCUGGCAGCUGUUGACUGCAUACUGAUGGCAGAGAUGAUCCACACAGUAGCCAUACUGCUAGAGAGUGCAGCUGAACGCAGUAAUCAAACACAUUGUCCAGCUGCUGGUGAAGCAGGCAGUGAUGGUGUGAAGCCAAGUGCUUUAUCUCUUCUUGGGAGUUCAAGUACAGAGCUGCUUCAGAAGGUGUGUGAGGUGGUGGAGAGGGGUCUUGAAGCUCUGUCAAAGGGUGCAGCCCUGCUGCUGCCCAAAGAUUGCUCAGCAAUCACUGACUCUGCCUUCAUGCAGAAAUUUAGUCUCCUCCCUCCAUCGACUCCCUCCCUAUCUUCUCCGACAUCAUCAGAAGUGGGAAAUGAAGAAGAUGAAAUAAGUAUGACAGAAAAAGAAGAAUUGGAAUCUAAGACAGAAUCAGAUAUUAAAGGUUCCACACGUGUGUACCUUCUUGCCACCGACCUUCAUCUCGAGCUAGACAUCAUCCACCACAGGGCAUCCCUCAAGUUACUGCAGUUAAAUGCAGUCACAGAGUCGAAACUGUUGGAUCGGAUCAAAAAGAACAAGGUGUCCAAGGCCCUUUUCCUGAUCCAGAAAGCCUUGCUGGUGUACAACAGCAUGGAGCCAAAUAACAGCAACAAAAUCAAGAGUCUGCUAGAGGAGGCCUCCACCCUGAUAGAGAAAGCAGGCGUGGAAGAGAGAAAACUGUAUAUCUCCACUAUCCCAAAGACUCUUGUCCAAAAUCAAGAGAAAGGGAUUAAGGAGGAAGAAGAAAACCCUCCACCUCCUCCAAUUCUACUCUCACGCACUGACCACUCAUUUACCUUUGCCCCGGCACCUUAUACCUUGGAGGGACAAGUGUGCUGGUACCAGCUCUGUGGCCGUGCAGCUGAGGGCAUUAACCGAAAAGUCCGCCUUGGAGACUGCAGCCUGCCAGGAACUGGAAAUAUGGUACCAGCAGUCUCUGGUGAGUGCAUGCUGAGGGUGGAGGGGCUGGUGCCCAACCAGAAAUAUGUGUUUGCUGUUGCAGCCUACAAUAGCCAGGGCAAGCUACUGGGCAACACCAUAGGGGUGACAACAUUCCCACUGCUAGCAUCAAUGCCAGUACCACUGCUCUCGACGUGGGUUCACUUGGCUCAGGUGACAUAUCAAACAGAGCAGUAUGCCAUAGCAAAGAGAGCCUGCAGGGAACUGUGGAGCCACUAUACGUAUCCCGACACUGGGUCCCACAUCACACAGGAUAGACUCGCUACCACAGGGCUGCGUGUCCAGACCCUGCAACACUCAUCUCCUCACCUCUGUCAGUUGUUCCUCACUUCUAUAUUUGUUGAGACAGAGAUAAACAUUCUUCAAGGAUCGCUCUACUGUGACUCUUUUAGUGACAGUGGACCUUUUAUCUGGGAACAGGAAGCCAGACUAGCGGAGUGUGAGCGAAUGCUGGUGGCCAUGGACCUGGCGCUGUGGUUGAAUGAUGAUAGUGCUGCUGUGCAAGCUGUUGUAAGCUGUUAUAGUCUCUUGGCCCCUGUAAUCUUCCAUCAGAUCACUUGCACCCCUGUGGUACAGGUGCUAAAGAAAUGCUUGAUAGUUCUGGAGGAGAAUUCAGGUCUUCUCAAACAAAAAUGGACUGGAAACACUUCAGGGUCAUUUAUGCACAUGAUUGCCUGCAUCACCUACUAUCUGUCGAAGGCAUUACGUGUGCUCAAGGAGCAUCAGAUGGCAUCUGUGGUGAUGGACUGUGGUCGCAGGCUGCUCCAAGAAGUCUAUGAUGCCCAGCUGCAGAUCAGCAGACUUGCCAAUGAAACUUCUAAGACAGAUCAUGCUGCAAUCAAGGGUGAAAUGAAGGCAAGUUUUCAGUUGAAGGCACUGCACUGGAAGGACAAGAAAAUUAUCACACCUGAAGCAGCUCUCACAGCAGACAAUGUAGAGAUUUCACGCCCGCUGACUGGCUGUGAAGAUCCCACCAUAUUAUAUGAGCUGAUCUCCAAAAGCACAUUAAAGGAUGCCUAUCGUGAUGUGAUGAAGCACAGACGCAAGGCAUAUUUUAUUGAGUUUGCAGCACUACUUCUCCAGAGAACCAUGGAAGAAGGCCACCCAGACCUUGUGUUAAAGUGGGGGCAAUGCACAUUUGAAUUUCUUUCCAGACGUGACGAGGUGAUGGGACUGUCCACAAAAUGUCUUGAGGGAAACAGUCAGAGUAAAAGAAGAAGUAUUGGUCAGGCUCCAAAAGGAAAUGAACCACUCCAGAACAAGAAUGCAGCUUCUCACGAUGAUACAAGAAAGAAACUAAAGCAGAAAAAGCCACACAGCAUGCUUCAGAGAGUGAGAACUAACAGGGAUAUGCAGGUUGUGGAGAACCUGCUAACCUUAAUGUCAUCUAUGGUGCAACGCCACAAGAAGCAGUCUCAGCUGAGGAAAAUGUGCUGUGAGGAGAGGGUGUGGAAGUCUCACCUUAACUACAGCUUGGCUCAAGCCCAUUUAGCACUCCUUUACCAGGACCUAGACCAGCUGCAUGGAGGAACCCUGCAGCACAGGUACAGCCAAUUAGAUCCCUUGUGUUUCUCUCUGGCCUACUCUGGUGUCCUAUUGCGGAGGAACUCACAGCAACAGCAGUCUUCUGAAUAUAAGAUUCUCUCAAAGAGAGACUUCCCUCACUCCCGUCUUAGGGAUUACGUGGCUGCACACAAAGACAGGAGCGAAAAGGAGGCAGUCAGAGUUGAUGACUCUGUCACAGAGGAGAGUUGUGAGGAGGGAGAGGACUCCUCUCAAACUGUGGAACCAGAAAUAAAGAUGCAUAGACGUACUGAUGUCUUGCUGCUUGACUCACUUAAUAAAGCUGCUUUACAUCUCCAAAGGGCCAUGGUGUUGGCCCAUCGUGGAAGCCACUGGACCACUCUGCUAUGUGUGUGUCAGACUGUGUGGGAGCAAAGCUGCAGAAUCUCUAUCCUAGUACAGAGAGCUGCUCAGCUUGAACCUCCCUCUCCCAUCACAGCAGACCAGCUGCACACCACCUUCACCCCGCUACUGGUGCUGGCUGCCGACCUAAUCAUGGACAUGCUGAACAGACUAGGACUGUGGAGUUUGUAUGACAGCGACUUGACUGAGGAGGAGCUUGAAUCCAGUCUCCACUUCUCAGCCCCACUAGAUGACAGCACUCAGGUGGACCUGCGUUUCGUCCGCACCUUGGUGUUGCACACUCUGGAGCGUCUCCAUGACAGUGGCAAAUGGGAAAGCCUAGCUCACUUUGCCUUAGUUUUCAACUCAUACACACGGGAACGUUAUGCCUUGAUCGUAACUCCUCUACUAGUCCAUGCUCAGAGGAGGCUGCUUGAAAGGGUUAGUUAUUUUGGAGGACCUGCAGUUCCACAACCACACCAUGUCAAGACACAGAAGGCCACUGGCAAGCAGGUAACUUACAGGAGCUAUGCAGGCUUCCAGCUGCUCAGUGGGUGGACGCCUUACCCUGCACAGCAACCACACAUUCGUAGAAAAACAGCACUCACAAACUCCACUCCUGGAGACGUAGUUGAUCUUAAAGGUGCGGAAAUACAGCAAUCCAUGUCCCUUGUGUGCGUUCCUCUGGAUGUAGAAGACACACUGAGCUGUUACCGUCAAGCUCUUGAGAGAAGACCAUAUUCUCUUCAGGUCUUCCAGCAUAGUCGCUCAUUGCUGCAGCUGCUUCUGGCAUACACGCAGCCCUGCUUUGCAGCACAGUUGCAACCCUGUCAGAGCAGAAAUCUCAGCCACUGCGCAAGCCGGGUUGAUUUCAGUCCCAUCGUUAUGCCCAAUCCAAACAUCCAACCUUGCGACCUGACAGAGGAGGACUACAGUAAUCCAAAUGCUCUUUACAGCCUCCCUGUCAGUCCUGACCACAUGCCAACUGUCACAGCUGCGUACUCCACCUCCAUUAAGUAUCUUCAGGCCAACGGUCAUGACUCCCUCAGAGUUCUGGCACUGCAUGAAAUGGGAAACCUACAGUUCUACAAUGAAAACACACGGGCAGCACACUCGUACUGGAGUACAGCUGUAGAUUGUGCCUUACAGAGCUCAGGCACUUUAGACAAAUGGGAUGGCGUGUCCUUUGGGGGUGGCUCCCUGCAACAAACUCUGAAACAGGCUGGCAUUUGGGGAUGUCUACAGGCUGCAGAGCUCACUGCUAAGAUUGCACAAUAUAUCUUAACUUCUGAUAUCACCCAGCGGACCAAUUGCUGUCUCCUGUCUGCUCAUCUCUUUAAGUGUGUGCUGUGUUGCUCCCCGGGUCAGCCCCAGGCCGACCUCCAGUACGCCUUUCACAGCAUCGGAGAUGAACUGCUCCCUGGAGUCGACCUUUUCUCUGAACCCCACAGGGUUCACCUUGGCACCAUUGUAACCUGCCUUAACUUUAUCUGCCACUGGCUUUUCACCACAGGCUACCACAUCACGCUACUGCCCAUACUAGCCCUUUACCUACAUAUUGUGGGAACCAGGUGCAGAGAUUUGCAACGCGCUGUUGAGGGCAAAAUACUUAAGGUACGUGCCCUUACUGAACUGUGUCUGUUCACUGAAGCUGUAAAGGAAUCUGUUCAGCUCACACAGGGAAAAGGGGUCCUUCUGCCUUAUGGACACUUCAUCGCCAAAGACAGUCUUCAACCUGUGAAGACAUUCUACAGCAACAAGUCUCUCCUGGACAAUGCAGAGGCUUUGGAAGAACUUGUGAACUGUGACUUUGCUCCAGAGGUCUGCACGCUGUAUGGAUCAACAUUGUGCCUCCGAAUCAACCUUGCUCGUGUUCAACUAGUCCUUGCACUCAGUAACACUGUACAUAGCCCUCCUGUGCCAGAUUUUGUUGAAGGAGAAGCUUGUGUCAGCAUAACAAGUUGUUCAGUGAAAUCAAAACACCAUGAACAGGACGCACUAGGCACUGAGGGCUCCAAUGUAAAGAAGGAAGAACCAAAAGUGCUGACUCUUAAUACAGAGAAUCUUACUUCAGAAAGAAUUAAGUUCCUUUUGUUAGAAGUAGCCUCCUCCUUGUUGCACUUGCAGCGGUUCACGUCUCUGUCCUGUAGCGAAAUGGAGAACCUGGAACUGGCAAUUGAGAUCAAUCUUCUAAAGGCCAACCUAUACCUGCAGCAAGGAUAUGCCGCACUUAGUUCUGAGAUGGCAGUUUCAUCUUUGAUGCUGCUGCAGACGUCUCCUGUAAUCAUGAGAGGAUCCAUACGUGACUCUCAGAAACCUGUGUCUGAGCCACAUCCCAAGACUGGAAGUGAACAGGGUACUAAAGGUUGCAGUGUGUCAAACCCCCUGCAUGGAGACUGUCCCAGAGCGGUUGAGGCCAGUGAGAGAAUUGAAGUUUCUCUGUGGCUGCAUUGCCGCCUGGCUCUGGUCCGCAGCCUGGCUGCACACGUCCCUGCCGCUGCUGCCCUUUUCCCAGGUAAGAACAUUAAUGAGGAGUUAGCUCGGAUGUUACAGGAGGGUCUUGAUGAAUGUGCGCUAUGGGGAGACGUCGAUAUUCAAGCCCUUUUAAUGGUCGAAUGUGCGAAAUUGGAAGCACAACGAGGCAAGACUGAUGACAGCAUGGCAAUGAUUCAGGAAGCUGUGAGCCUGCUGUCACAGCGAACAUGCAUGCCUCCAAGGUCCAGUGUGACUCUGGCUCAGGCCACUUUGUUGCUCAGUGACCUGAGAGGAGUGCAGAGCACCACACUUUUGAAAUUGACACAGAAAUUACUGAAACAACAGCUGUGUGUUUAUGGUGAGAGUGUAGUGUUUGAUGAUGGAAAACUAUGUUUCUCUCCUCCUGGACCCAGCAACAUCUACCUCCCGUACCUCAGUGUACUGGAUCAGAUCACUUUGCGAAUUGCAGGUCACAUCCUGGAUCCCAGCACCAUGGAAAUGCCAGCCUCUGCCCAACCAUCACAAUCUGCUUCCAGGCAGCAUUCCAGCCAGAGUGAGAGAGACUCUCAAGCACCAGUUCCAUCUCUGAGCAACCCAAGAACCUCCAGUCCUACAAGCACCCCCUUAGCCAGAUAACCAGCAUUUAAUGAUACCCAUUAUGUGUACUCCUGGUCCUGCACCUGUUGAGAGACAUAGGGUUCCUGGUGCUCUUUUUUUGUAAAAGAGAGCCAUAGAAUUUUGGUCAACCUGGUGUAAUGACACAUUAUGUAAUAAACUUAGUAAUUAAGAACUGAAGUACUGUAUUUGUUAAUAAGCUAAUGCAAUUGCUGUUCAUAAUAAAUGCAAUUACAUACAAACAAUAACUGGACCUAGAAACUCUGGUUACAGUUUGAUAAGCUGAACAAUGUUAAUUUAAAGAAUGCAUAUCUUAUGUUAUGGAUAUUUUCAGUUACUGUAUUAUCUAGAAUUGAAAAUGAUAAUGUGAAUAUAUGUAUGCUGUUUUUCUCCUCUUAAUAUUCUGUAUUCUCCAAUUUCACGGUAUAUUUACCUGCAAGU